UGGUGCACAUGGAGCAAGCGAGCGAAGAGUAGCAACUGCAAACAAAGUUAAGCACCGCUAGAUACCACCCUUCCCUCGUACAUUUGUGGGUGGUGAGACGCAAUGGGGGCUGUGGACAAGACGUGGACAAAGAAGGAGCUUCAGGCGGAGUGCAAACGUCGCGGAAUUGCAGGGUACUCGCGCUUGAACAAGGCCUCGCUCCUUCGAGCUCUUCAGACAGGGAACAUACAAAGCAAGGGGCCCGCUGAUCUUAAUGUGGCAGAACUACGGAAAGAAUGUCGACGGCGGGGGCUGCAGGACGUCUCCAAGCUUAAAAAAGAUGAAUUGAUCCGGUUGUUGAAAGGCGAAAAACAAAAAAACUUCUUCCGGCAGCGGCACUACGCCGGGGGAGGCGAAGCCUCGAGAGGCUACGCUUGAGGAGUUGCGCGCGGAGUGCCGGAAACGCGGAAUGAC